UCGAAGAAAACGCUCUUUUUUGUUCAUUCUUCGUCAAGGGGGAGGUGAAAGUCAGGGGCUUGCAGCACGUACUGAGCUGAUUAAGGUUGGUGGAGAUGGCACCUAAUGUUCCUGCUGGAGCAGGUGUAAAGCUCUCUGAAGCCAUAGGGAGGUGCAGAGGCGAUUCAAGAUCUCUUGAUCUGUCAGAGAGUGGAAACAAAAGUAACGGGCUCAAAGUUUCUGCAAAAUUCCACAAGGGUCUGCUGGUGCAAACGGCCUACGACCUCAAGCCCAAGCCUCCAUUGUCAGCCACGGUGAACAGCUUCGGCAGAUAUGCCACGGAUCAUAUGCUACAGAUUAAGUGGAAACGUGGCGAAGGGUGGGGGACACCAUCCAUCAAGCCAGUUCAAGCUUUUGAGCUCCAUCCAUUUGCACAGGUGUUUCAUUAUGCACUCACAUGUUUUGAGGGAAUGAAGGUCUACAAGGAUGCACAAGGACACGGUCGAUUGUUCAGACCCAUGAUGAACAUGAACAGACUUAUGGUGUCUGCAUCGCGAUUGGACUUGCCAGACUUCGAUAAGGAGGCGCUUCUGAGUUAUAUCAAGCAUCUGGUGAAAAUGGAUGAAGAAUGGAUCCCAGGCCAUGAAGGCUAUUCUCUGUAUGUAAGGCCAACAAUUAUGGCCACAGCAGCUCUGCUGGGGCUGGCACCGCCGGAGGAAUGUUUGUUGUUCGUUGUUAUGACGCCCUGCGGUUCUUUUCCUAAUACAGCAGCUGAAGGAUUCAGAGAACUGGCACCGAUCAAAGUGCUCGUCAGUAUGGAACAUGUGCGUGCCUGGCCUGGAGGGGUUGGCUAUGCAAAGGUGGGAGGAAAUUACGCCCCUGCGAUCGUGCCUCAGAUUGAAGCGAGAAAAUUUGGGUGCUCGCAAGUCCUCUAUGUUCGUCGAGACGAAUGCGAAGGUGAUGAUGGUAUCGUCGGCGAGUUUGGUGCGAUGAAUUUCUUUGCAUUCAUGCAAUCGAAGGAUGGUUCCCUGGAGUUGGUGACCCCUGUGCUAGAUGGCACAAUUCUUCCUGGCAUCACAAGGGACUCGGUCUUGUCCCUUUGUCGGGAAUGGGGUGAAUUCCGCGUAUCUGAAAGGACACUGCGAUUUCAAGAGGUAAGCCGCAAUCUUCUGAGUCCAUUUCUUUUUUUUUAGGGAAAAUUUUUGAGAUGCCCCUGAAGUUUGCAUUUAUUUGCGGCGUGCCCCUCUGACGGC